AUGGUGGUCGAAACGAGAGGAGGGGGUAAGAGGAAGGAUAAUCCAACGAAGGAAGAGGUUCGGAAAGUGAAGUUUGUAAAGACGACCUCCGAUAAUAUUGAGAAGACGACGACGGAGAAUGUUGAAUCGACGGGAACGGUGACGACGGAUGUCUCGACGGAGACGACGGAUGUCUCUACGGAGAAGACAACAGAUGUCUCGACGGAGAAGACGACGGAUGUCUCGACGGAGAAGACGACGGAUGUCUCGACGGAGAAGACGACGGAUGUCUCGACGGAGAAGACGACGGAUGUCUCGGCGGAGAAGACGAGUGAGGACGCGAGGGAGAGUACGGCAGAGAUAACGGAGGCGAGUGAUGUGGCUUUAGAAACUGCUCCGGCGACAAUGAACAAAGAGAAUCAGAAAGCCGGUUCUGGAGAGGAAGAGAAUGAUCAUGACGACCGUUCCGAUGAUUCUAGCCAGGAGAAUGAAGAUGGUGAAGAAGAACAAGAAGAAGCAGAUGAGAAGGAAGAACUGAAGGUUCUGGAGAAGGAAAUGGUGACAGAGAAGGAAAUGGACGGAGAUACUGAGGUUCUGGAGAAGGAAAUGGUGACAGAGAAGGAAAUGGAGACGGAGAAGGAAGGAUAA